UUGAAUCCUCCGGGUCUAUUGGAAGAGUCCAUGGUCUGAUAAAUGAAAGAAGAAAUUGCUACUGGGAAAAAUAAAAUGGAAAAAUGAUGCUCCAUCGCAGCACGUCAUCGCGACGUAAACGAACGUCGCGAAAUAUCGGAAAUUCGUCUCCGAGUCAACCAUCCACUGUAGGUGGUCGCAGGGCUUCUUUGGCAUCUGUUUCUUCUGUGAUCCCCAUCUCGGAAGCUUCUUCUGAUUCCUUGUCCAAUUUAGUCACCAUGGAAAGACAGAGGGUUCCAAGAAGAGGCAGCACUGUCCCUAAUAUUAGUCUCGAUCUAGACACCAGUGAUUCACCUGAGGAGGCUUUCAAUCGAAGAAUGCUGCCGUUAGAUCCGCAGACUAUGCUAUCCCGAGGUAACCCAUUGUCUGACGGAAAUCGAAGUCCCCGGCAUUCCAUUGUUCCAGAUGACUACAGUCGAAGUCCAAGAAACUCCUUACUUCCCAAUGACUCCAUGAGAAGUCCUCGAAACAGUCUCGUCCCAGACAUAAAUCGUUCUUCACGCAACAGUCUGGUACCAGAUGUUUCUCGAAGUCCAAGACACUCUCUGGUCCCGGAAGCAGCCUUGAGUCCCCGAAAUUCCCUUGUACCAUCAGAUGCAGGAUACAACAGAAGUCCUCGAAGCAGUCUCGUGCCCCAGAGUUCAUCCAGAUCGCUCUUAUCAGAUAAUUGCCUAAAUGGUGGAUCAACCAAUCGAAGUCCAAGACAUUCUCUCGUGCCAGAACCUCUCAGAAGUCCUCGAGGUAGUAUCGCAAACAUCGACUUCGAUAGAAGUCCUCGAGGAUCAAUUUGUCCAGAUGUUUCGAGAAUGCCAAGAGGGAACAUACCAAUUGAAAUGGACAGAAGUCCAAGAGGAUCCAUCAGUUCUGAGUGUCAUAACCAAAGUCCAAGAGGAUCGAUAGCACCAGAUCCUAAUCGAUCACCUAGAGGUUCGAUAGCACCAGACAUAAAUCGAUCACCGAGAGGAUCGAUUGCUCCUGAUAUUAACCGAUCGCCAAGAGGAUCAAUUUGUAUGGAUGUAAGUCGAUCUCCAAGAGGCAGUAUAGGGAUGUUAACUGAUGCUGAAAGAAUCGGGGGUGGAGGACUUGAUCCAGAAAGGAGUCCUCGUGGAAGUAUUGAUAGGGGAGGUGGACAGGAGAGAAGAGCUCUUCCCAGAACUGGAUUGAAUCCCCAAGACACCAGGAGAACUUCCGUUGAUCAAGGGUCAUCGAAGAAUCGAAGUACUUCACCCUAUCGUCAGCGGGAAGUGAAUUCCGGAAGUAUCAGAUCCGGCGGAAGUGGAGGAGCUCAAGUAAACCUUGGAUAUGGCACAAAUGCGUGGGCUGAUUCCAGAAGAGCCAGCAGUUCCGUUUCGCAGAAUUCAGGAGACGAAUCUCGCCGAUUGUGUGGAACUGCAAGCGCGAAUUCGGCUAAAAAAGGAGCUUCGAGUUCAGCUCAUAUGGGAGUAGCAGCCUAUGGUUCUCUGGUAUUUCAACUUAAAGAUGCUAAUAUUGAGGCCAAUGGUACUUGCGAUUUCGUCUUCAGAGCAUUAAGAGUCGUCAGCAAAACAAUGGUUGUCACUAUCUGCCUAGCUUGCCUAUCAACUAUGCCCAUGAUCAUGCUUAUUCUUGGAGUCCAGUUUAUCAAGGAUUGUCCGAGGGAGCCUCACAUCCCAGUUUAUAUGGUGGUUGGUGGGAUUUUGGGAGGCGUACGGAUGUUCUGGACACUUUAUUCUCAAAUCCGUUCGAGAAGACCGGAAGUCCUGUCUGUUCCUGGGGUCAGAUCUCACGUAUCGCCCACCCAACUGGCCUCUAUUCUUCUGUCGUGCUUCCUUGCCGGUUGGUUCGCAUUAGGAAAUUACUGGAUUCUACGCAUACUGUGGCCGGAUUACGCGCCCACGUUGUUUGAACCAAAUAUGUGGUGCCAUAAGACGCUUUACAUAUUCUCCUUAGUACAUCUCUGUGUAGUUUACACAGUCCUGUCAGCAAGCCUAAUAACAGUCGUGAGUCUCACUGUUUGCAGAGUUCUAUCCUGCCCAUGGCCUGAAAGGUAG